AUGUCUGCUGAUCUCCAGACCGGAAGCACCCCCACUACGGCGCCCAAGGGCCACAAGUCGAGCUUGUCGGGCGUUAUCCCUCACUCGGCGCCCGUCGGUCUGCAGAGCGUUAGCAUGACCCCUGCGCAGUACAGGACACGCAAGGUCGCUCUCAUCACUGGUCAGUCUAUUGUGGACCUCGGUACUGUAUGCAUUAGGUGGAGGAUGGUGCUGGGGUGUGCUAUCCGGUGGCGGUUUGAUCCCGUCGCGUCGUCGAAAAUCACCAGUCAUGCAUCGAAUAUCGCUGACCUUGGACUGCUUGCGACUUUGUUAACAGGUAUUACCGGUCAAGAUGGCUCUUACCUCACCGAGCUUUUGCUGGAGAAAGGCUACGAGGUCCACGGUCUGUGAGUGGCAAUUCCGCUCUCCAUAAAAAAGUGGUCGACGACGCGUCGUGGUCGCGUGCACUCGCUCUCGAAUGAACGAUCAGUCACGCGAUAUCUGCCAGCUCCCAUCAACGUAGCCAGAACUGACUCUCAUGCUCGAUCACCGCGGUUCACAGUAUCCGACGAUCUUCGUCCUUCAACACCGGCCGUAUCGAGCAUCUCUACAAGGAUGUCCACGAGCGUGCGUUUCUGAUCUCGCCGUGGCUUGCUUUCCUUUCGGACUCCGCGAGACACGUUCCAAGCUGACCACUCAUCAUGGUCACUCCUUGUUCUAUCCUCACAGGACCCAAGAUGGUACUCCACUACGGUGGUGAGUACUUGAUCGAGGUGACCCCGUAACGGCUGGUACAGCCCCAAACUGACGGUCGAAGCGAUCUGAACUGUACCCUCUCCAGAUCUUACCGACACGACUAACCUCGUUUACAUCAUGUCCUCGGUCCAGCCCACCGAGAUCUACAACCUUGCUGCCCAGUCCCACGUUAAGGUCUCGUUCGACAUGGCCGAGUACACCGUGAGUUGUCUUUGCUUUCUCCCCAGCCGGAGGCGCUUUCCAUCUCAUGUUGCUCGGACGCCACCAACUCACACGACCCAUCACUUUUUGCACAAAGGGUGAUGUCGACGGUCUUGGAACACUCCGUCUACUCGACGCCAUCCGCACUUGCGGCUUGACCAAGCACGUCCGCUUCUACCAAGCCUCGACCUCGGAGUUGUACGGCAAGGUCGUCGAGACCCCUCAGUCCGAGACGACCCCCUUCUACCCUCGCUCGCCCUACGGAGUCGCCAAGCUGUACGCCUUCUGGAUCGUCAAGAACUACCGCGAGUCGUACGGCAUGUACGCGUGCAACGGUAUCCUCUUCAACCACGAGUCCCCCCGCCGUGGCCGCACCUUUGUCACCAGAAAGAUCUCGCGCGCCGUCGCCGAGAUCUCGCUCGGUCAACAGGAUUGCCUUUACCUCGGUAACAUGGAGGCCAAGCGUGAUUGGGGACACGCCCGCGAUUACGUUGAGGGGUGAGUAGUCCGAUCACCUUUUCCUGCGUGAGAGUCUUCCAGCGUAUUUGAUACUGACGAGCUCGUACAUUCCCCUCUCCCUCCCGUUCCGCAGCAUGUGGAUGAUGCUCCAGCAAGACACCCCCGACGACUUUGUCCUCGCGACGGGUGAGACCCAUCCCGUCAAGGAAUUCGUCGAGAAGGCCUUUUCCCACGUCGGCAUCACGAUCAAGUGGCAAGGCGAGAUCGAGUCCGUCGACGAGGUCGGCGUCUGCGCCCAAACGGGUCGCACGCUCGUGCGCGUCGACCCGCGUUACUUCCGACCCGCCGAAGUCGAGUUGCUCCAUGGUACGCCCGCCAAGGCCGAACGCGUGCUCGGCUGGAAGCGCAAGGUCGAUUUCGACUCGUUGGUCAAAGAGAUGGUCCUCGCUGAUGUCGAGGGAGCCAAGAGGGCCGAUCGCGAUUAA